AUGGAGAAACUCAUCUCAAACGGAAGGGACUUGCAAUAUGUACCUGAAUCUUACAUAUUACCCCUUGAAACUAGACCUGGGAAUGUACGUGUUUCACUAUUUGAGAGCAUCCCGGUUAUUGAUUUUCUUGGCACUGACAAACCACAGCUGAUCAAGCAGAUCACAGAAGCUGCCCGAGAAUUCGGGUUUUUCCAGUUGGUUAAUCAUGGAGUGCCAGACAAUUUGAUGCAUGAUGUCGUGAGUGUGUCCAAGGAGUUUUUUGAGCAGCCUUCUGAAGACAAAGCAAGCCUCUAUUCUGAAGAUGCUAAGAAAAGUUGCAGACUAUACACCAGCAUCGACUAUAGAAGUGAUGGGACAUUAUUCGGUGGAGGUGUGGAAGCUGCGGCUGUGUCUUCUGGAUCUAAUUUGUGA